AUGCGAAACAGCUUGGAACAGACGGGUCUGUUCUCAUCUCUGGGGCUAGAGAACGUACCCUGGAGAAGCGAUGGAAGUUCGAGUGAGUCUCGAAGCUACACGGAGGCCAUUAACCACUCUAUGGUGAUGUCCGACGGCGCUGUGGGCACCAGUCCUGCUUCGCUGAGGGCCAGCGUGCCGACAGAUCCCUCCUUUCAGCGCUGUUUUGCAUCCUCGUGCACUGUUUCAAGUAACAGUCCUAUCCCAGGGGCGGAAAGCUCUUCUGCAGCAGAACGUCCUGGGCUUGAAAGCAGCCCCAAAGCUCCCCCGUCGCUCCAGCUUCCCGUGGGACACAGCAGGCUGCCGGGAGGUUACCUCGUGCCCUCUGAGUUUUCACACGCCGUGCAAGAUGUCUCUCUCUUGUCUCAUUUCCAAACUCCAGGACUGCAAGUCGUCACCCUGAGCAGCCUGGAGAGUCCACCAGCAGAGCCACAGCAAGACCCUGCUGUCAGCAGCAGUGCCCGUGCCUACCUGAGCUGCAGCAGGGCCACCGUGGGCAGCAGUUCCCUCCCGGAGGAGAAACCAGCUGCUUUCCUAGCCAGUACUGGCAUCUCUUCUAAAAACAUGAGCUCGUCAGUGGCAAGUGCUGAGGACAAUGGCUUUUUGUCGCCAAACUUUCUUACAGUGGCCUCGGGACACGGUAGCCAGAACAGCACAGUUCAGCAGCACCACGGAGGAGGAGGGAACCUGCAUGCUCAACCGCCUCUUCCGGAGAAAAAGAGGUCCUCUGAAGGAGACCGUUCCUUUGCCUCCGUGUCACCUUCUUCAAGUGGCUUCUCCAGCCCCCACAGUGGAAGCACAAUCAGCAUCCCCUUCCCAAACGUCCUCCCGGAUUUCUCAAAAACAUUAAGCACUUCCCCAGUGCCAGAAAACACGGCUGAUAAACACGUGACCGUAAAAUUUGUCCAGGACACAUCCAAGUUCUGGUAUAAGCCAGAUAUUUCAAGAGAACAAGCCAUUGCUGUUCUCAAGGACAAGGAACCUGGGUCGUUCAUUGUUCGAGACAGUCAUUCUUUCCGAGGAGCCUACGGACUAGCGAUGAAAGUUGCUACACCACCUCCUUCUGUGCUGCAGUUAAACAAGAAAGUUGGAGAUUUGUCAAAUGAACUCGUAAGGCAUUUUCUGAUCGAGUGCACUCACAAGGGGGUGCGCUUGAAAGGAUGCCCGAACGAACCGUAUUUUGGGAGUUUGACAGCUCUGGUGUAUCAGCAUUCCAUCACCCCACUGGCCUUACCCUGCAAGCUCCUCAUCCCAGACAGAGAUCCCUUGGAGGAGAUAGCAGAAACUUCUCCACAAACUGCUGCAAACUCAGCAGUGGAGCUUCUCAAACAGGGUGCAGCCUGCAACGUUUGGUACCUGAAUUCAGUGGAGAUGGAGUCGCUCACGGGCUACCAGGCAGUACAGAAAGCCUUGAGCCUGACGCUGAUGCAAGAUCCUUCUCCCAUCUCAACCGUUGUCCAUUUCAAGGUGUCUGCGCAGGGAAUCACGUUGACAGAUAACCAAAGGAAACUCUUUUUUCGGCGACAUUAUCCAGUCAACACUGUUAUUUUCUGUGCUUUGGAUCCACAGGACAGAAAAUGGAUGAAAGAUGGCCUUUCUGCAAAAGUGUUCGGGUUCGUGGCCAGGAAGCAAGGCAGUGCCACGGACAACGUGUGCCACCUGUUUGCAGAGCACGACCCAGAGCAGCCUGCCAGUGCCAUUGUGAACUUUGUAUCGAAGGUCAUGAUCGGAUCCCAGAAGAAGAUCUGA